GAGAGGUUGGGGGGAGAUGGAGUGGGGGGGCCCGCGGGCCACCUCCUCCUCAAUGUGAGGGGAGCGCCCGGACACUGCUCGCAUCCGGACCGAGCCAAGCCGGGGCGAGGCCCCCGGCCUCUUCGCCGGGAUCCACGCCCCUCCCCUCCCAGACCCCAGACCCGUGGGUUCUCACCCCCUCCCGUUCCCACCUUCCUCCCCCACCGCCUCCUAUAUCCCCAGCAUCCUCCCCUUGCUCCUGCGAAUCCCCCGCACAGACAGCCCCACUAGUCUCCUACCCUCAAGAUCCCCCUCUCGGACUGCAUCCGCGGCCUCUGCCCAUUGAGUCCCUAUUCCCCGCCCUUGCCUCCCCAGCACCGGUGCUUCUCCCCCAGCCUCCGGUCCCCUUUUCUGCCCCCAUUCCUCCUUCCCCAUUUGCCCCCACUACUGUCCUCCCCACCCUCCUCCGCCCAUCUCAGCGCCCCCACCCAAGCCGGGGUGCACGGUCCGGCGCGCCUCCCUGGAGCAGCACCAAGGUCCCGGGGCUCCAAGGGGGUGGGGGCGCAGGGCGGGGAGCAUGGGGAGGGGGCGCCCCAUGUGAUGGGAGGGGGGCGCAAGAGGAGGCGGCGGAGGCGGCGGCGACAGCGGAGCCGGGCCGGGGGCUCAGCGGGGUCCGGGAGCUGGGGGCAGCGAGCAGGGCGGCCCCAUGGCCGGGCCCCCCUGAAGCAGUCCCGGGGAGUCCCCUCCCCUCCCCAGCUCGGGGGUCUCCGGGCCCCAUGAGCCGGGGCGCGGGCGCGCUUCAGCGCCGGACAACGACCUACCUCAUCUCGCUGACCCUCGUCAAGCUCGAGUCGGUACCUCCGCCGCCGCCGUCUCCGUCUGCAGCAGCGGCCGGCGUCCCCGGGGCCAGGGGCUCGGAGCCCGGAGAUCCUGGCAGCCCCCGAGGCGCGGAGGAGCCGGGAAAGAAGCGGCACGAGCGUCUCUUCCACCGGCAGGAUGCGCUGUGGAUCAGCACCAGCAGCGCGGGAGCCGGGGGCGCGGAGCCCCCCGCGCUGUCCCCGGCUCCGGCCAGUCCGGCUCGCCCGGUGUCCCCGGCUCCGGGCCGUCGCCUGUCCCUUUGGGCCGCCCCUCCGGGACCCCCGCUCUCCGGAGGGCUGAGCCCGGACCCCAAGCAGGGGGGCGCCCCCUCUUCCUCCCGGCGCCCUCUACUCAGCAGCCCGAGCUGGGGGGGUCCGGAACCUGAAGGCCGGACAGGCGGCGGCGUCCCGGGCUCGUCCUCCCCGCAUCCUGGCACCGGCAGCCGAAGGCUCAAGGUGGCGCCGCCUCCACCCGCUCCCAAGCCUUGCAAGACUGUGACCACUAGUGGAGCCAAAGCCGGCGGGGGCAAGGGCGCGGGUAGCCGCCUGUCAUGGCCCGAAAGCGAGGGCAAGCCCAGGGUCAAGGGGUCAAAGAGCAGCGCCGGGACUGGAACUCCUGCCAUUGCCGUCGCCGGGGGAGGGGGCGCUGCGGUUGCGACCUCUGGUGGGACCGGGGCUGGGCCUGGAGCCCGAGGGAAGCUGUCCCCUCGGAAAGGCAAGAGUAAGACCUUGGACAACAGUGACUUGCACCCAGGACCGACUGCAGGCUCUCCUCCGCUAACCGUGCCAGCAACCCCGAUUCCAGCCGCCUCUGUCACCGCCUCCUCCGCGCAGCCCCCCGGGCCUGCACCUCCCAUCACCCUGGAGCCUCCAGCUCCUGGGCUGAAAAGGGGCCGGGAGGGUGGUCGAGCAUCCACUCGCGACCGCAAGAUGCUCAAGUUUAUCAGCGGCAUCUUCACCAAGAGCACAGGGGGUCCUCCUGGCCCGGGGCCUCUUCCCGGACCCCCAGGCUUGUCUUCCGGCGGGUCCAGGGAGCUGCUGGGCGCAGAGCUCCGCGCCUCCCCUAAGGCUGUGGUCAAUAGCCAGGAAUGGACUUUGAGCCGCUCCAUUCCUGAACUACGCCUGGGUGUGCUGGGUGAUGCAAGGAGUGGGAAGUCAUCCCUCAUCCACAGAUUCCUAACGGGUUCAUACCAGGUGCUGGAGAAGACAGAGAGUGAGCAGUACAAGAAGGAGAUGUUGGUAGACGGGCACACUCAUCUGGUGCUGAUUCGUGAGGAAGCAGGGGCACCCGAUGCCAAGUUCUCAGGCUGGGCGGAUGCUGUGAUCUUUGUCUUCAGCCUGGAGGAUGAGAACAGUUUCCAGGCUGUGAGCCAUCUCCAUGGGCAGCUGAGCUCCCUCCGGGGGGAGGGCCGAGGAGGCCUGGCCUUGGCUCUGGUGGGGACCCAAGACAGGAUCAGUGCUUCCUCUCCUCGAGUGGUGGGUGAUGCUCGUGCCAGGGCUCUAUGCACAGACAUGAAACGCUGCAGUUACUAUGAAACCUGUGCGACCUAUGGGCUCAAUGUGGAUCGGGUCUUCCAGGAAGUGGCCCAGAAGGUGGUGACCUUGCGCAAACAGCAGCAACUUCUGGCUGCCUGCAAGUCCCUGCCCAGCUCCCCAAGCCAUUCAGCUGCUUCUACUCCUGUAGCUGGGCAGGCUAGUAAUGGGGGCCACACUAGCGACUACUCUUCUUCCCUCCCAUCUUCACCCAAUGUUGGACACCGGGAGCUCCGAGCUGAGGCAGUUGCAGUGGCUGGAUUGAGCACACCAGGAUCCCUACACCGAGCAGCCAAGCGCAGGACCAGCCUUUUUGCAAAUCGUCGGGGCAGUGACUCUGAGAAGCGGAGCUUGGACAGUCGGGGAGAGACAACAGGCAGUGGGCGAGCCAUCCCCAUCAAACAGAGCUUCCUGCUAAAGCGAAGUGGCAACUCCUUGAACAAAGAAUGGAAGAAGAAAUACGUGACCCUGUCUAGUAAUGGCUUCCUACUCUACCACCCUAGUAUUAAUGAUUAUAUCCAUAGUACCCAUGGCAAGGAGAUGGACUUGCUACGAACAACGGUCAAAGUCCCAGGCAAGCGGCCCCCAAGGGCCAUCUCUGCUUUUGGCCCCUCAGCCAGUAUCAAUGGGCUGGUCAAGGACAUGAGCACUGUCCAGAUGGGUGAAGGCCCUGAAGCCACUACUCCCAUGCCAAGCCCCAGCCCCAGCCCAAGUUCCCUGCAGCUACCACCAGACCAGACAUCCAAACACCUACUAAAGCCUGACCGGAAUUUGGCCAGAGCCCUCAGCACUGACUGUACCCCAUCUGGAGACCUGAGCCCCCUGAGUCGGGAACCCCCUCCUUCUCCCAUGGUGAAGAAGCAGAGGAGGAAAAAGUUGACAACACCAUCCAAGACUGAAGGCUCAGCUGUCCAGGCUGAAGCCAAGCGCAAAAUGUGGAAACUAAAAUCCUUUGGUAGUUUAAGAAAUAUUUAUAAAGCAGAGGAAAACUUUGAGUUCCUGAUCGUAUCCAGCACUGGCCAGACGUGGCACUUUGAGGCAGCUAGCUUCGAGGAGCGAGAUGCCUGGGUCCAGGCCAUCGAGAGUCAAAUCCUGGCCAGUCUGCAAUGCUGUGAGAGCAGCAAGGUCAAGCUGCGCACUGACAGCCAAAGCGAAGCCGUGGCCAUCCAGGCAAUUCGAAACGCAAAGGGAAACUCUAUCUGUGUGGACUGUGGAGCCCCCAACCCCACAUGGGCCAGCUUGAACCUCGGUGCACUUAUCUGCAUCGAGUGUUCUGGCAUCCACCGGAACCUGGGCACACACCUGUCCCGCGUUCGGUCGCUUGACUUGGACGAUUGGCCUCGGGAGCUGACCCUGGUGCUGACGGCCAUUGGUAACGACACCGCCAACCGCGUGUGGGAGAGCGACACUCGGGGCCGCGCCAAGCCCACGCGGGAUUCUUCGCGCGAGGAGCGUGAGUCAUGGAUUCGUGCCAAGUACGAGCAGCUGCUGUUUCUGGCGCCGCUGGCCACGACGGAGGAGCCGCUGGGCCACCAGCUGUGGUCCGCUGUGCAGGCCCAGGACGUGGCUGCCGUUCUGCUGCUUUUGGCCCAUGCGCGACACGGGCCGCUGGACACCAGCGUGGAGGACCCGCAGCUCCGCUCCCCGCUUCACCUGGCGGCAGAGCUCGCCCACGUUGUCAUCACGCAACUGCUGUUGUGGUACGGCGCGGAUGUGGCUUCCCGCGAUGCGCAGGGCCGCACAGCUCUGUUCUACGCUCGGCAGGCUGGAAGCCAGCUGUGCGCGGACAUCCUCCUUCAGCACGGCUGCCCGGGGGAGGGUGGCAGCACCGCCACUACGCCCAGCGCGGCUACCACGCCCAGCAUCACCGCCACACCCAGCCCGCGGCGCCGGAGCAGCGCAGCCAGCCUGGGCCGCGCGGACGCGGCGAUCGCGCUGGUGUAGUUGCCCAGCUGCGGGAGAGACACCCCCCACACCCGCAAGGGCCGGGCACGACCGCACCGGGUGGACCGCUGGACAGAUGCACUCACCUCUCCAAUCCGCACCCCGCCCUACGGGAGCACUUACUAUCCCCCACGAGGGCACAGCCCCCACGCCUCCCAGAGGACACAAACUCACCUCCCUCUCCGCAGCGAGGCACGGAGACCCCAGCUCAACACGCCCCUACUGCACCGUUUCCUAACUCUGUUUGCUCUGGGUCUACCCGUUCUGUCUAAAGAAGGGGACGCCCUAGUCACUGUACGGGCUCCAGGGCGCCCGGACUUGACAGCUCAUGCCCCCUAGGGGCGGGUAAAAGACCCAUUCCUGCCUGCGUUCAACAAUCCCUGGUGGGAGCCCAAACCCAGGCUGGCUCCUGGGGCGACGCCACGCCAGAGGGACGGGUUAGUACGUGGAGGGCUAGCCCUGGGACUUGGGGCCAAUACGGGACCCCACCCCUUCCAUGCUGAUCUCACUGCCUAGUAAGGAGGAAAGGGCAGCGAGGGGCAGGACCCCUGCUGCUCAUGGAGGUGUGUGUGUUGGGGUCCCCAACCCUUUCCGUGAAAGGGACCAUGAUGUGAGUAGAAAUCAGAUAUCCCCCUCUACCUAUCUACAGAUAGAAGCUAAAGCGCCAGCGGAGCCAAGAGCCUGGGGUCUUCCCCUACCAUCCUGGGGGGUGGCAGGCAGAAGGGAUGGAGCAGGAGCCGGCUAGAGAGGGGCCUUGUAAUUUAUUUGCUUUGUUCCCCAAUGUGGGGGUGGGGUGGGCAGGGGCGAGGGGAGGGCGUUUCAGGGUUGGGGAAACUAAGGGUGGGCAGGGGUGGGAUGGGGUGGGGUGCUCUCGGGUUGUGUCUGUGGCCGUGACUGUGUAUCUGUGACUGUGCAGCACCCGUGGUGAUCUGGGGUAGGGUGCCUACAAUGGGACCCCUCCCCCAUUACCCUUUUUGUUCAGCCCCUCUCUCCCACCGGAGCAGCUCCAGACCCGUUCCUCGGCCCCUUGCUCCCUCCCAGCCAGGGCUGAAAGGAUGUGCGAUGUGGCUGGGAUGGUUUCCAGGUCCCUCGCCCAAUCCCCAGAAAGGGUGAGGUGGAGUGGAUUUACCUGGCCCAGCCCUGCCUCCCUCAGUCAACCCAGGCUUUGGGCUCAUCUGUGUCAGUGGUUUCUGGUCUUUUUUUCUUUUCUUUUUUUUUUUUGUUUUCCUGGCUAAAAUAUUUUCCAAAAGACCAGGUAAUUGGGGAGUGGGGAGGGGGCGGGGGUGCUCCCCUCACCUCCUCAGAAGCAAGUGGUAUGAAUCUUUAACAGCAAUUAAAGAGGAAGUGAUUUUGUCUA